UGUAGGUACUUUUGUAGAGACAAUAUUGACAACAAUAAGUAAAAACUUUAUAAAUAGAAACACAAUCUGUAUACUUUCUACUGUGUAAUUUAAGCUCUUAAACUGUACAGAUGUGCUUGCGCAAAAUGUGGCAAAAUAGUUUUAAAAUUUGUGUAAUUAUAGGUCUAAUUUCAAUGGCCGUAGCCACUUACAAGCCUCAAGUGUCGACCACUAUAUUGGAUGGGUUUCCCAAUGACUUAAAUAUUCAACCAUUUGUAAGUGUGGGCAAUAAAUUGUAUCAUUUUGGUCAAAGCAAGGUCACUUGGUAUAAAGCCUUCUUAAUUUGUCGUUCUCUGGGCGGUUUCUUAGCCUCUGUUGAUUCUCAACAAGAACUGGCCGCCUUAUCAGAUUAUAUGAUUGGCAAAUACCCGUUGGAUCGUUGGUGGUGGUUAUCUGGUUCUGAUCUGGAUUCUGAAGGUGAUUUCUACUGGUAUCGUACCGGUGAACGUAUUAGUUAUGCUGACUGGUCUACAGGUCAACCUGAUAAUGCCGGUGGUCAUGAAAAUUGUGUACAUCUGUGGUAUCAAAAUCCGAAAUAUCAAAUGAAUGAUUGGAUGUGUAAUCAGCAGGCCUAUUAUGUUUGUGAAGCUGAUAAGCCGAAAACGAUAGCUAUAAGUGUGUUUUAAGUGAAAUGUGACUGAAGAAAUUUGAAUUUUUAAUAACAUAUUUAGUACAUUAAAAUAUAAAUUAUUAAAGAAAUUUA